AUGAUACCGGAGUCUAUAAUAACAAAAGAGGGACCAUUGAGUAAUAUAUGGUUAGCUGCCAAUUAUGACAAGAAAUUAACGAAACACCAAUUACUAAAUACAAACAUUGUUCAAUCAACUAAAUACAUAAACAAUAGAUACAACAAUCAAGAAAGUUCAAAUAUUGAAUUAGAUGCAGUAACUUUAAGAUUAUCUGGUCAAUUAUUAUUAGGAAUAACCAAAAUAUAUUCAAGAAAAACCAAAUAUUUAUUAGAUGAUCUUAAUGAUGUUUUGUAUAAAUUAAGAACAGUAUUUAAAUCAUCAAGUGGUGUUCAAUUAGGUUCAGAUGGAUUAACUACAACAAAAGUAAAUUUACCACCACAACAAACAACCAUUCAAGAUAUAAAUAGUAUUUUGCUAAAAGAUCAAGUGACUGGAUUUGAUUUAUUGUGGCAAGAUGAUUUAAACUUAGAAGAAACGGUACAACCUACGAUUAAUACAUUAGACACGGUUUUCAACACUACCGAUCAACAAGUUGAUGCAUCCAUGGGGUCGAUUGAAUAUGGUAGAUAUGAUGAAGAAUUUACAACAUCAUCACCACAACCUAAUAUGAAUAUGGAUUUUGAUUUGAAUGAUAUGGAUGAUGACUUUGGAAAUAAUGAUUAUGACGCUUCAAUCGAGAUGGGUAGAAAUGUAUCAAUGAAUGCUGAUAAUGAUGACAAUAACUCAUUAUUAGGAGAAUUAAGUAAAAAUGAUAUAUUUUCAGAAGGUGCUGAAUUUGGAGAUGGCUUUGAUUUAAAUUUCGAUGAUAAUGACGUACUAGAUAAUGAAACUAAUGAACAUGAAGUGAAUGAAGCAUCCGAACAACUGCAAGAACCACAAGAAUCAACAGAACCACAAGGACCAACUAGACCAACUAGACCAAGACAAAGAAGAACAAGAAUCACAGACGAUGGAGAAAUGAUCAUUGUUAAUAAAAGACUCAUAGUAGAUUCAGAAGAUAGUAUGACCAUUUCCAUAGACACAUUAAGAGAAAAUCAAGAAAAUAUGAUGAAUCGUAACAUAAACAACCAUACAACACCUAAUAACAGACCAAUUCACCCACCAUUAACCAAUGAAGAAAAAUUGAAAAUAAUUGAAGAUUUAGCAAAUCAAGUAUUCAAAAAAAGGAAAUUAAAUGAUCUAAGUACCGAAUAUAGACUUCAAAAACAAAGAGAAGAAGAAGAAGAAAGUGAAAUUGAUACAAGUUCAGAUUCAAUGGAUUUAGAUUUAUCGAUGUCUGAUAGUGAAAGUGAAAACGAUGCACCUUUAAAACCUAGAAAAUCCUUAGAUGAAGAAUCAGGUGAUGAAGAAGAAGACGAUAGUUUUGGUGAUGAUAGAAUUGAUAAUAUAGCUAAAAGUACAAGACAAAUAGCAGAAGAGGUACAAAAUUUAUUCAGAUUAGAUCAUAGUAUAACUUUCAAUGACAUUUUGGAAGAAGAUACAAAAGCAGUAAAACCACUUGGAUUGAAGAAUAAGACGAUAAAUACUAGAAGAGAAGCGUCUAGAUGCUUUUUUGAAGUAUUGGUAUUAGCAACAAAUGAUUGUGUCAAAUUACAACAAGAUGAAAAAACGAUUAGGAUCUCUUCAAGAGACAAUUUAUAUGAUUUCAUUUAG